AUGGAUGUCACAGAAGCCCGCGCCAUGAUGCGGACGCACGGGUUGGGCGCUAGGAGGAACUCUUAUGGGCUCCAGAAGAUCAGCAUGGACCUGGACUCUCCUCUCUACAGCGGCGUCCUCUCCAAGACCUUGUCCUGGUCCGCUGAGAACAUCCACUCUCUGACGGAGACCAGGGUGGAGGAGGAGAAGGCUGAAGAGGUUGAGGAAGAAGCCGAGGAAGAGUCGCCUCAGACGCCUUCACCCGUGUCCACCCCGGGGACUCACACGCCCCCCACGCAGCCGGAGCCCGCAUACCGGCCCAGAGCGCAGGAGGUCAGCUCGGACUCUGACAGUGACCUGGCGCAGAGCAAACAGCAGAAGAACCAGUCUCGCGUCGCGUUUGACUCCCAGGAGCAACAGGAGAAGGAGGACCUGGAGACCAAAGCUGUGGCCACUUCACCUGAUGGAAGAUACCUCAAGUUCAACAUAGAGAUCGGACGGGGGUCUUUCAAGAGCGUGUACAAAGGCCUGGACACGGAGACCACUGUGGAGGUGGCGUGGUGUGAGCUGCAGACCCGCAAGUUGACCAAAGCCGAGCGGCAGCGGUUCAGCGAGGAGGUGGAGAUGCUCAAAGGGCUGCAGCAUCCGAAUAUCGUCCGGUUCCACGACUCCUGGAAGUCCUGCGUGACGGGCCACAAGUGCAUCAUCCUGGUGACGGAGCUCAUGACCUCAGGAACGCUCAAAACGUACCUGAAGAGGUUCAAGGAGAUGAAGCUGAAGCUGCUGCAGCGCUGGAGCCGACAGAUCCUCAAAGGCCUUCACUUCCUGCACACUCGCACCCCUCCCAUCAUCCACCGGGACCUCAAGUGUGACAACAUCUUCAUCACAGGCCCCACCGGCUCCGUCAAGAUUGGGGACCUGGGCCUCGCCACGCUCAAAAGUGCCUCCUUCGCUAAAAGUGUCAUCGGAACUCCUGAAUUCAUGGCCCCAGAGAUGUACGAAGAGAAGUACGAUGAGGCCGUGGACGUUUAUGCCUUGGGAAUGUGCAUCCUGGAAAUGGCCACCUCCGAAUACCCGUACUCCGAGUGCCAAAACGCCGCGCAGAUCUACCGCAAAGUCACCAGCGGCAUUAAGCCUGAUAGUUUCUACAAAGUGAAAGUCCCAGAACUCAAGGAAAUCAUCGAAGGCUGUAUUCGAAUGAACAAUGACGAGAGGUACACUAUCCCGGACCUGCUGGAUCACCCGUUCUUCCAGGAGAACAAUGGCGUCCACGUGGAACUGGCCGAAGAAGACGACAUGCUGAAGCCCGAACUCAAACUGUGGCUGAGGAUGGACGACACCAAGAAACUGCACGGGAAAUACAAAGACAACAACGCCAUCGAGUUCCUGUUCGAGCUGUACAAGGAUGUCCCAGAGGAGGUGGCCCAGGAGAUGGUGGUUCUCGGUUUCGUUUGCGAGCCCGACUUCAAGAUCAUUGCCAAAGCCAUCCGUGACCGCGUGUCCGCCAUCAAGCGACAGCGGGAGAAGCUCAGACGCGUGGCGGAGGAACGCAAAAGAAAACAGGAACAGGAAGCGAUCGAAGAAGAGCCUGAGAUAAACCAGCUACCUUCACCUAGAGUCAGCGGUGUCCCUGCAGCCGACUCCCCACUCCCUCCCAUCCAGAGCCCCCCUGCCCCAGUGCUGUCCCCCGUCACCAGCUCGGCGGACUCAGGGGUGGGUUCGUCCUUCCCCCCUGAGCCGGAGGAGCCCGAGGCCGACCAGCAUUUCAAUUUUCGCCACAACAGCUUGUCCUCUGCUAAUUCUGACUGCGAGACGGACGGGUAUCUGAGCUCCUCUGGACUGCAGGACCCCCACGAGGCCCCCCAGACCCCCCCCACGGUACGAGCAAACCCACACGCCGCAAACGGACUGGCUAUUCCGGCCCUACGCUUUUCCUCGAGCAUCGCUGUCUCCAACAACACUGAACACAGCAACUCCGGUCCCUCGAGCGGCCUCAACUCCCCAGGGGACAGCUAUGGCUCCGAUGUGAUGUCUGGACUCAGUGAUGGAUACGAAGGUCUGACAGAGAAGAAUGAGAAACCUGCAGUGAGACGAACGGCUGCCAAACUGUUCAGGAGGCGAGCGCGGUCCAGGCUUCGCAUCACAGGACUCUCUGAUAAAGUGGAUCGAGUGGUGGAGUGCCAGCUACAGACACACAAUGAAAAGAUGGUCACUUUCAAGUUUGACCUGGACGGAGACAGCCCUGAGGACAUCGCUGCUGUUAUGGUGCACAGUGAGUUCAUCUUGCCGUCGGAGAAAGAGGGCUUCGUCUAUCGAAUGGGCGACAUCAUCAAACGAGCUGAAGCGCUGAUGGAAAAGGAGCAUUCGAACCAUUCCAGCGGACACAGACUCCCACCGCCGAACCUCCACAGCUCAGGCAACUCUCUGUCCGCCUCUCAGCCGAAUUUGCACAGUCACGGCAUCUCUCGAACGCACUCCUCCUCCUCUCUGCCUGAUUUUAGUGCGGCUAACCCAAGCUCAGGGGCACACAGCUUGGCCCUGUGCCCCGAAGGAGAAGCUUCCAGUGCAGACAUUAUGCGGCCCCUCAUACGCUCUCAGUCUUUCAACAAUACUCCAGGAUCUCCUCUACACCAUCACGCACACUACCAGCCCCCGUCCUCCUUGUACAUUCCACAGCAGCAGCAGCAGCAGCAGCAGCAGCAGCAGCAGCAGCAGCAGCAGCAGUACCACCACCCCUACAUGGGACACACUCACUUCCCAUUCCCUUACCCCGGCUCCCCUGGAUCCUCCUCUCCCAAACCCUCCGGAAUCCCGCAUCACGUCCCCCUCACGCGCGUCGCCAGUAACCCCAACUUCCCAUCAGCCCCUUCACCAGCUCCCGGAUCCCCCAAUGCCCAUACCGAGACCAGCCCAAUUUCUGGUAGCAGUGAAAACCUCAACAUGAACCACCCAAAUCCACAAAACAUUUGGCCUCCCCACACGCAGCCACUGUUUUCUUUGGCUAAUGUUAUUUCGAUGGCGAUGAGUAUGGCGCAGUCUUUCAUACCGCCCGCUGGCAUGUCAGCUCAAGGCAUGCAUUCGUAUCCAGGCUACCAUCCCCAUCUUCCCCAUCAUAUGCAACCCCAGUCUGGAUACCCAGCCAUGUACCCUCAGCAGUACCCCCAAAACGGAAUGGAAAUCCCCUAUCCCAACGCCAAUUUCCCCCCGAACUACCAUAACAUGGAAACGGCGCCACAGAUGCCAUGGCAACAUCUCUCACCUCCGUCGAAUCAAUCCACGCCACCGUUGGUCCGACGCGAGCAGCAGCAUCAGAUGGACGACCAGGUUCCUUUACAUUGCCCUCAAGUUGACGACAAUCAUAAUUUUGCAGACAAAGUGGAUAUCCGGAGUUCAACCUCUUCUUCUGAUCUCUCUUCGUCAUCGAGCGAGAGUCCGGAAAACUCAAUAUCGUCUCUGAGCUCUCCAGUGUACCCCGCUGUGAGUGCAAUGGUCUGCAGCAGCCCUAAACCAACACUGUCCCCGUGCAGCUCCGUCCCAUCAUCCCCUCAGACCAUUGGACGCUUCCAGCCACUACCGCAGAGAAGUCUGGACGUCCAAAACACAUGGUCCAUCAGCCAGGAUCAGCAGGCAGAGGAAGUGGAUGAAGAAGAAGAGGAGGAUUGUGAAGGUGAAGCACGGCAAAGAGUCCGGAAACGCAACAGAAGGAGAGCGUACAGUCUGAGUGUCAUGGGGACGUCGGCGGACAGCGGGCUUUCUGUGACUGCGGCUGAAAUGGAGGGACGUUUAUGGGACGGAGGAGCUGGCAGCCCCCAGUACAGUAACGCCCUGCAUCAUCUGUGGAUGAUGACGUGUAACCGGAACACGGCCUACCUGAGCAGCGACGACUCGGACAGCGAAGACGAGGAGAUGAUGGAGGAGCUGCAGGAGCUCAGAGAGAAGCAUCAGGAUGAAGUGCAGGCUUUACAAGCCACUCAGAAGAAAGAGAUUGAAGAGUUAUAUGAGAAAAUGGGUAAAGUUCCUCCCCCAGGCAUCGUGUCUCCUGCAGCCAUGCUCUCCAGCCGACAGAGGAGACUGUCCAAAGGCAACAGCUACUCCUCCUCCAGAAGGAACAGUCUGCAGAGACUGGAAGUGCUGCCACUACCAGGUAUAAUAAGGAGAAACUCUUUGGGUGGCAGCAGCAGUGGAUCACAGGAUAAACCCAGCAAAGGAGUCACUUUUGCCACAGACAUGAAAAGAAUGUAA